AUGGCUGUGCCCCCUUCGGCUCCCCUGCCGUGCUCGCCCUUUUACCUGAGGAGGCAGGCGCCUUGCCCGCAGUGCUCAUGGGGCAUGGAGGAGAAGGCUGCGGCCGGCGCAGGCUGCCGGGAACCGCCGGGCCCCCCGAGGGCCGCCGCCGUCCCGUGCUUCGGCAUAUCCGUGGACCAGGACGACAUCCUCCCCGGCGCCCUGCGCCUCAUCCGGGAGCUGCGGCCGCUUUGGAAGCCCCAGCAAGUUCGGACCAAGCGCUUCACUGAUGGCAUUACCAACAAGCUGGUGGCCUGCUACGUGGAGGAGGACAUGCAGGACUGUGUGCUGGUCCGGGUGUACGGGGAGCGGACGGAGCUGCUGGUGGACCGGGAGAAUGAGGUCAGGAACUUCCAGCUGCUGCGAGCACAUGGCUGCGCCCCCAAACUCUACUGCACCUUCCAGAAUGGGCUGUGCUACGAGUACAUGAGGGGCAUGGCCCUGGGGCCAGAGCACAUCCGUGAGCCCCGGCUCUUCAGGCUAAUUGCCUUAGAAAUGGCAAAGAUUCACACCAUCCACGCCAAUGGCAGCCUGCCCAAGCCCAUCCUCUGGCACAAGAUGCACAAUUACUUCACCCUUGUGAAGAACGAGAUCAACCCCAGCCUUUCUGCAGACGUCCCUAAGGUCGAGGUGUUGGAACGGGAGCUGGCCUGGCUGAAGGAGCACCUGCCUCAGUUGGACUCCCCUGUGGUGUUUUGCCACAAUGACCUGCUCUGCAAGAACAUCAUCUACGACAGCACCAAAGGUCAUGUACGGUUCAUUGACUAUGAAUAUGCCGGCUAUAACUACCAAGCUUUUGACAUUGGCAACCAUUUCAAUGAGUUUGCAGGUGUGAAUGAGGUCGAUUACUGCCAGUACCCAGCGCGGGAGACCCAGCUGCAGUGGCUGCGCUACUACCUGCAGGCACAGAAGGGGAUGGCUGUGACCCCCAGGGAGGUGGAGAGGCUCUAUGUGCAAGUCAACAAGUUUGCCCUGGCGUCUCACUUCUUCUGGGCACUCUGGGCCCUCAUCCAGAGCCAGUUCUCCACCAUCGACUUUAAUUUCCUCAGGUAUGCAGUGAUCCGAUUCAACCAGUAUUUCAAGGUGAAGCCUCAAGUGUCGGCCUUGGAGAUGCCAAAGUGACCAGCUUUCCCAUCCCUCCCCUCCUAUCUGCCUGGCCAGACCUGGGCUCCAGGGCUCCAUUCUGCUCUGGGCUCUUCACCUUUGGACAAGGUGGGCGAGGGGACAGGUGGGUGU